GAGAUAAGAUAGAAGACUCUUUUCAUAAGUUUCAUUUCAUAUUCAACUAGUCACUCGCGCCCAUAUUAAAAAUGUUAAAAACUUACCUUAAGUCCAUUUUUCUGUGCGAUUAUCAAACUCUCUCUCUCUCUCUCAAAUUAUUGCUUCUUUUGAUCGGCUAUGAUGGUUUAUGCUGCUCUUGCUUCCCUUAAAAAAACUAUUGAAAAGAUCACCAUGAAUCCAGAUCAGUAUUCCAGUGCUCUUCAUCAAUUUAAUCAAAUUAGAUUCAUCGAUGAACUAUUUCUUCUGCUGGAGUUCACUGACUUUCCUCAGAGAGAAGCCAGAAUCAGGGAUACAGCAAUUGAAGUGCAACAUAUUCUCGAGCUUCUCAUUUCGAAUCAGAGCCGAUCGCGGCGAUUCGGAUUGAACAAGUAUAACCGCUUUCUCCCCAAAUUCUGGUGCAGUGCUAGGUUUCAGCACCAGAUUGAGAGAAUAAGAGAAUUAAUUGAUGCAAUCGCAAGGGAGAUGAUAGAGUUGGAGAUGGAUAGUGAAGAUCAAUUGCAGCUCAGUGACUCUCCUGCGGCAAUUGAAGACGAGUUGCAGCUCGGUGAUUCUCUUGCAGCAAACUGUUCUGCAUGGAUGGAAAUGUUGAUUAAUAGCCUCGAAAUCGAAGAUGAAAUGCAACUCAGUGAUUCUCCUGAUGCUAACUCGUCGUCUUUGAUGGCAGUCGCUAGCAGGAGCAGUGAUGUGGUUGGAUUGGAAGAUGAUUCGCUAGCAGUAAAGACUCGGCUUUGUGGAGAAUCCCCAAAACUACAAGUCAUUCCAAUAGUUGGAAUGGGAGGUAUUGGCAAAACUACCCUCUGUAAAACUGUUUACAACGAUCAACUCACAAUCGAAUAUUUUGAUGUUCGUGUUUGGAUCACUGUGUCACAAGAUUAUUCUACACAAAAAAUUGUUGCAAUGCUCAUGGAUUCCUUGAAAGAUUUUGUCAUAGAGAAAUCUGGACAGAGGAGUGAAGAAACUGUGUACAAGAGUUUAAAGGGUAGAAGAUAUCUUAUUGUAAUGGAUGAUAUGUGGAGCACGGAGCCUUGGGAUGAUGUGAGAGAUCUGUUUCCUGACGAUCAUAAUGGAAGUCGGAUCAUGUUAACCACAAGGCUGUCGGGAGUGGCUACUUAUGUUGCUAGAGGUAGCCCUCUUCACAAGAUGCGCUUCAUGGAUAUUGAACAGAGUUGGGAAUUGCUUAUGCAGAGGGUGUUUGGCGACAAAGAAUGCUCUCCUGAAUUGGAAGACAUUGGAUGGGAGAUUGCAGAAAGUUGUAGUGGAUUGCCACUUGCAGUUUCUGUGGUUGGUGGACUCUUAUCCAUGGUUGAAAGGAAUCCAGUUUCAUGGUCGGAAAUCGCAGAUAAUGUAGGUUCGAUUGUUGUCAAUGAAGAUGGCCCUAUUGAUGAGAUACUAUCUUUGAGCUAUGCUCACUUGCCUCAUCACUUGAGGGAUUGUUUCUUGUAUAUGGGAGGUUUUCCGGAAGAUUAUGAUAUCCGUGUCACAGAAUUGGUCAGAUUGUGGGUAGCUGAGGGCUUUAUGAGAGGCUUAGAUGGAUCUAAAAGCUUGGAAGAUGAGGCUGAAGAGUGUUUGGAGGAUAUUGUCAGUAGAAGCCUUGUUCUGGUUAUGAAGAGAAGGUAUAACGGCAGAAUCAAACGAUGUAGUCUCCAUGAUCUAGUCCGGGAUUUGUGCAUAAGAAAAGCCAACGAGAACAGCUUUUUCCUAAGACAUCAUCCUACACAUACUAAUACUAUGUGCAGUUUAAGGAUUCCUGCUGAGAUAUCAAAGCUUCAGGUUCUUGAAAGUUUAUUUAUCGAUGCAAAGACUCUUCAAACUUUAAUUAUCGAUGAAAAGGAUCGGUGGAAUCUCAUAGGGAGGCCUAAUAUCAGCACUUUGCCGCAGGAAAUCUGGAUGAUGCCGCAGUUAAGACAUCUCAUCAGCUAUGGUAGGUUUCCUUAUCCAAAAGAACCAACUUGUACUCUCAAAAACUUGCAAACACUCUCCUUAGUGUUGCAUGAUGUGUGUGCUGUGGAGAUGUUGGAAAAGUUUCCAAACAUCAAGAAGUUAGGAAUUGAUUGUUCUUAUUAUGAUUAUGGCACUCACCUCAAUAAUUUGGAAAGCUUGCAUCAACUUCGAACUUUGGAACUUAGAUAUGCGGAUUGGCGAAGAGAUAGUAUUUGUUUUCCUAAGACAUUGAGAAAGUUGAUCUUGUGUAACAUGUCGCUUCCAUGGAGUGAAAUGAGUGUCGUUGGUUCAUUGCCAAAUCUUGAGAUGCUUAAGUUGAGGGAGUUUGCUUGCAUAGGCAGUACAUGGGAGACAUCAGAAGGAGAAUUUCCUCAGCUGCAAUACCUUCUUAUUCACACUUCAAAGCUGCAGUAUUGGAUAACUGAAGAGUUCCACUUUCCCAGGCUGAAAUACUUGCUGCUUCGUCAGUGUUGGUAUUUGAAUGAGAUUCCAGAAGGUAUCGGUCGAAUUGCAGGGCUCGAACUGAUUGAUGUUAUAUGCUCCAACUUACCCGAGUCUCUUGUAGAGUCGGCCAAAAGGAUACAAGAGGAACAACACAGUUUAGGCAAUGAUGCCCUUCGAGUUUUACCCAAAAUGAUGUGAGACUACAUUUAUCUUCUUUCACCUGCUUAUCACAUUUGUAGUGUAAUUGUUGUCUUACUCUGUGUAAAUGUAUUUUCCUUUCCUAUUGAAGUUGAUGGAAGAAUGUUUUGUAA